ACCGCUAUGGACCUUGCACACUGACUAUAUAAACCCCCUCUAGUUGGUCAUUACUUAGCUUUCCACACCAGUCUCACCUUCUCUAUUCGUCCGCUUAGUUCCUGCCUCGACUGAACAACAAUGUUCACUACUAAGUAUCUGGCAUGCGUGAUGGUGGGGUUUGUGGCUGCAACAGGUGUGAUUCAUGCACAGGACAAGAUUAAGAUGUGUGGGAGGGAGCUGAUACGACUUGCUGUUUCCUCUUGUGGAAACACACGAUUUAUCAGAAGCACCUCGGACAUACCAGUGGGCCACCAUCACUACGCUCCUCAUUGGAACCCGGAUGCCUCCACAAAGGAGAAUCAGGCUGUCUACUCCCCGGCUCCUCACUGGUACCCCCUGUCUGCUCAAGUCAAACGGGCUUCUGGGAAAAUCUCUGAUAUUUGCUGCGAGAAAGGAUGCAGUGUAAAGGAAUUGAUCCAGUUUUGCUAGAUGACUUUUCAAACAAUAAAAAAGUCUUAAAUAUUUUGACCUAUGCUGCAGUGUUGUUUAAAAGAAGGCAAAUAAAAAUGAUGUUAUGUUUCCACUGAUGUGCCACACUACACAUCAGCAGACAUAUCAUAUAUCUUAACUAUAGAUAAUUUUCUAUGCAGUACCUCUGAAACAAAUCAGUGUACACAGGUUCUAUGGUGAGAAUGUCCAAACAAAAUGAUUUUAAAAAAAUAUUUUUCAGCUUUUCUCUAAUGUGUUUCUCUGCUCCUUGUACAGUAAUUAUCUUCAGAACAAAACCUUUAGUACAAGGGCUGCAAAAAUGCUGAAUCCUACAUUUCCCAAAAUGCAACUCAACAUCGUCUUUUGUUAUACUUUCCAUAUGCCCCAGACUGCAAUCAAUCAAACUUUAUUUGCAUGGCAGCAUUCUUAAAGGUUACGUCAUUUCAAAGGAUGGUCUUUCUCUGUAAAAAUAUUGCAGUGUUUAAAUACAAACCAUGAUUGAUGACAUCGUCAGGGUUAUUUUCUCAAACAGAGCUGCAGAGGAAAUGAUAAAAGAAUUUCUAUAGAGUGGGUGGUGCUCCCCAUGACAAGUAAACUGGACUUUGUAAUGAUUUCAGUUACUACUGGUAUGUCUCACAGUCCAUGCUAUUCCCAAUCCAGCCACAAGAUGUCCUUGUGCUUUCCCUCCAUCUCCAGUCACCUGACUCUGUCUUGCCCACCUGCCCACCUGCUCCUCAUUUCCCAAUUACUUCCUCAUUAUUUGGCACCAUUCUCUUGGAUAGUUUUCUGGGUUUCAUGCCCUUAUUAUUAUUUUGAAUUUCAGCCAGAGUCUCACACGCCAGAGUUACUGGUUUGAUGUUGGGCAGUCAGUCAAACAGAAGUUGUUGUUUCAACUUCAUGUUGAUGGAUUUCUGCUUUUAUUACUGUCUGUAGACUUGGCCUGUGUUGUUGAUGUCAGCGGACACCGUUCAGGGAAUCGUCCCUUCUCAUUUAUGGCCACUACUGAGAAGAAGCUGAGCCAUGCUGGAUCCAAGCCCUCCCUCUCCGAGAGCAGCGGCCGACUCCCUCAGAUAGCCAUGAACACCUGCAAGUACAAUGGCGGAGUGGUCAGACCACUAGUGGGCAGCCUGGCGUCCUCGUCGCGCCGUAACCUCGCAGACCUCGACUCAGAGACGCAGCCCUUACAGACGUUGCACAGCUCUGGCCUGGAGGUGGUGGUGUCCAAGGGCAACAGCGGCGAAGACCCCAGCAAGGCGUCCAAUGAGAGCUUGGUCAGGGAGGGCAAUGGGCGUGGCAGAGGCAGGGCACCACAUAAAAAAAACAGGGACAUUGGCUACAAGCUCGGUCACAGGAGGGCGUUGUUUGAGAAGCGGAAGCGGCUCAGCGACUACGCACUCAUCUUUGGGAUGUUUGGGAUUGUUGUCAUGGUGGCAGAGACGGAACUGUCGUGGGGGGUUUACACUAAGGAAUCUUCAUACUCAUUUGCACUGAAAUGCCUUAUCAGCCUUUCCACUGUUAUAUUGCUUGGUCUUAUAAUAAUGUACCAUGCCCGGGAAAUUCAGCUGUUUAUGGUCGACAAUGGUGCGGAUGAUUGGAGGAUAGCCAUGACAUAUGAACGGAUCUUCUUCAUUGUGCUGGAGCUCCUGGUGUGUGCCAUCCAUCCCAUCCCAGGCCAGUACGUGUUCACCUGGACGGCACGGAAUGCCUUUACCUACUUGCUGACCGUGGUCGAGGCUGACGUGGACAUCAUCCUCUCCAUCCCCAUGUUUCUGAGACUCUACCUGAUCGGCAGGGUCAUGUUACUCCACAGCAAGCUGUUCACAGAUGCUUCAUCUCGCAGCAUCGGUGCCCUCAACAAGAUCAACUUCAACACACGCUUUGUCAUGAAGACCCUCAUGACCAUCUGUCCAGGAACUGUUCUGCUGGUGUUCAGUAUAUCCUCCUGGAUCAUUGCUGCAUGGACUGUGCGCGUCUGUGAGAGGUAUCAUGACAAACAGGAAUUGACCAGUAACUUCCUGGGAGCCAUGUGGCUCAUCUCGAUUACCUUCCUCUCCAUUGGCUACGGGGACACUGUACCACACACGUACUGUGGGAAAGGCGUGUGUCUGCUUACGGGGAUUAUGGGAGCUGGUUGCACUGCACUGGUGGUUGCAGUGGUAGCCAGGAAGCUGGAGCUGACCAAGGCUGAGAAGCAUGUCCACAACUUCAUGAUGGACACGCAACUUUGCAAACGAGUAAAGAACACAGCUGCCAAUGUACUCAGGGAAACAUGGCUCAUCUACAAACACACCAAGUUGGUCAAAAAGAUAGAUCAUGCCAAGGUGCGGAAACACCAGCGCAAGUUUCUCCAAGCCAUUCACCAAGCUCAGAAGCUGCGCAGUGUGAAGAUGGAGCAGAGGAAACUCAAUGAUCAAGCCAACACCUUGGUGGAUCUGGCAAAGACCCAGAAUGUGAUGUAUGACCUCGUGUCAGAGCUGCAGGAGCGCAGUGAGGAGCUGGACAAGCGCAUCGGCACAUUGGAGGACAAGCUGGACUCGGUGACGGGCAGCCUGCAGGCGCUGCCCUGCCUCAUCUCCCAAGCCAUAACCCAGCAGCAGCAGGACUUCCUGGACGGCUUUGUUCACCGCUUUCGGCCCGCCUCACUAGCCUCAGAGCGCUCUGAACGCUCUGAGCGAUCGUGGACUUCCACCGCCCGCAGGCGGCGCUCACCCUCCACAGCACCACACACUUCCUCUGAUAGCGGAUAACCUUGACAAACAACCUUCAAGCCCCACCUUCUCCAGACUAACUUGUCACCUCAUUCUGUCCCGUCCCUGUAACUGCUGGAAGGUCCAUGUCUAGACUAAUAAUGAACCCAUAUCUUGACCCCUGACCUGAUUCUUGCCCUUACUCUCUCCUUCCUACUCAGUCCCUCUCUCCACCAACCCCACACAACAUUGAAUCCAAAAACCAGUUCCUCUGUGACUGAGCCUCUCAGCACAGGACUGGAUCAGAGCUAGUCUAAAAAAACAAAGAAAGGCAAGCAAACACUUAAAUCAACAAAAAACACACAUGCAUUCAAAAAAAGAAAAGAGGAAAAAAAUUAAAACAUGACUGAAAAAUCGGAAUAAAGUAGAGAUAUGGUUUAUGUUUUAGCCAUUGUAUGGCUGUUCAAGUUAGCUUUUUUUGUAAAAGCCCUUGUAUAGUUAAAAAAUGACUGAGUUCAGGGUCGCUGGGGUGAGAGCUGGCUAUCACACCGGAGAGUCCUUAACCACAAGGGGGGAUGUUGGCCUAUAGAGCUGAGGGCCUCGGCUCAUCUACUGGCCCUCUGAGGCCAUGGAGGACAUCUGUCCACCCAUCCGUCCGUCUAUCUGUUCGUCUGGAGCAGAGAGCAAGACAAACCAUUGGAUUUCCCUUUCAAAAGACUAGUGUCAUGGAUUCUUUCCCAUAGGUGAAUGUGAAUGCUUUAGGACAGGCUAAGAAAGCUCUGACUUCAAGUCAGUGUUUGAAAAUGCACUUAAGGGGGAGGGGAAACUGUCACACAAAAGAAAAGCAAAGGGGGAUGCAUAUGGCAUUACUACUGGGUAGGAAAAACUUACACAAUUGCCAACUUCAAGAUUUCAGCUUCCUUGUUCUUACCAAGGGAAAAAUGAGAGCGACUAUCUUUUUUAGUUACAUAUUGACAUGUGAUUUUUUCAGUGCCUGAAUGUAUAAAUAGUAGAGGGUUAUUUAAUUACUAAUUUCAGAGCUUUUUUACGAUGUUAACAGUCUAAAUACAGCAUUGCAUUCCUUUUUCAGAUACAUUCCUCUCCAAAAAUUUUAAGAAAAUGUCUUAAUGUAAUGCAUAACAUUGCCUCCAUUACACAGCAACUCUAAUUGUUUUGAAAACUUUUUUUUGUUUCUACUAACACAGUGAGAAAUUAAUGUUCAGAGAGUAAGUGAAAGUGAGACGGAAUGAGAGAAUAUUUGUGUGUUUGUCAGAGAACAAGUUCACUUUUAGCUCAAUGCUGCACACUCAUACACACAACAAUGAAAUACAGUAUGUAGUAGUCUACCUUUCUCACCACCACUAAUUAGAGCUUCCUGAGGUCUUCAAAUAACAGCAUGGCUUGAGGUCUGCUGGUGUAUACAACCACACAGACGCACAUCACCGGUCAAACUGAGAAAUUAACCCUGUCCCUUUGCAUGGUUCUGUGGAAAAAAUGACUAUGGAACACGAUCGCCUUUGGAUGGCUUGAUGAGUUUACAUGAUUUUGAUUUAAUUAUGUUUAAUUUGUUUCUUUCUUUCUUUGUUUUUUUUUGUACUAAAAUUUCCCUCUUUUCUUUUUACUAGGAUAACUAGGGAUUUAGAGAUGCACAACCUAGAGAGUUGCAGUAAUAUGUUUCUGUAAUGCAUUACCUGUUUAAAAUAUGAGGUGAAGGAAAAUCACUAAUACAAAAGAAAGGAUACAAAUAAAAGUGCUGGUGAAAUGUU